AUGUGCAAGCACAUCCUCAACGCGCAGGCUUCGGUUCGGGCACCAUGCUGCAAGAAAUGGUUCGAUUGUCCGGAAUGUCAUGCCGAAGUCUCCGACCACCCGCUCGCCAAGACGACCGAGAUGGCCUUCAUGUGCAAGAAGUGCCGCAAAGCGUUCCGAAAAGACAUGAGCAAGUACGAGGAGGCAGAUGAGUACUGUCCUCACUGCGACAACCACUACGUCAUCGAGGCAAAGACACCAAACGCGAUGCUGGGCGUCGAGAGCGAGGACACACGAGUAGACAAUCGAGCUAUCAAGGACGAGCGAAUGAAGCAUGGCGGUAAGGUUGACACGGCGGAACUAGACGAGUGGCUGGAGCAGCUCGAGGAAUAG